GACACCUGCCGUUGCGUUUCCUAUAUAAAUGUCGUCUCGGGGGAACAGCGAUCAACAGUCGACGAAACUAUUCUGGGAAAUAUCUGCCUUGCGUGUCAGAGUCGAUCGAACCCCGAUAAAUAUCGCUUGAAACCAUGAAGACCAUCCUCGCUAUGACAUGCCUGUUGGCCGCUGCGACGGCCGUGCGCGGUUUGGAUCAAGAUAGCAUCAUACCCAAAUACAUGGAAUACCUGAUGCCGGACAUGAAGCCAUGCGCGGAAGAAUUCCAUGUAACAGAAGAACAAGUUACGGCCAUUCAAAAAGGAGGCGGAGGAAUGGACAUGAAACAGUUGGGUUGCAUGAAGGCGUGCGUCAUGAAACGAUUCGGCGUAAUACAAGGGACUGACUUUCAUCUGGAGCCAAUAAACAAGAUGAUUGAAACCGUACACGCUGAUAAACCUGAAGACAUCGUAAUUGUGAAGAAGAUCGCGACCGACUGCCUUGAUGACAUCAAGGGUGAGACUGACGAAUGCAACAUUGGCAACCUGUACACCGAUUGCUACAUAAAAAAGCUCUUCGCAUAAGAUGGAGCAGCAAGGAUUUCCCAUAGGAGAUCUUUAACUUGUAAUCGUUCGGAAUUAAUCCCGUAUAUUAUAUUCAAUAAAAU